AUGUCGGACGCCAGGUCGGAUUCGGGGCUGGGCCUACGUUUUCUCGAUCUGAACGACCAUGAAGACGACGACAGCCCGUGCAAAGGCUUACGCCGCACGAGGAGUCAUUCUAACAAGCCGAUUUCCGUGCCGCAGUGCGCCUCUUCACCGCGAAUUUCAACGCCCCGACUACCUUCGUCCAUGAGCUAUCGGGGUUUCUCACCUCUGUCACCGCCUCCCCGCCAACAUUUUUCUACGCCUGGUCAGCAGUUCUCAACGCCCGUGGCUAAGAGCCCUUUGGCCCGGUCCUGGACCGAGGAUGACCUUACCGCAUCGGCUCAUUCGAACGAUAACACGAAUGAGAACACCCGAGACACCCUUGGCCUUAUCCAACGACUAAACGACUUGACUCACAAGUUGCUUGCGGGCGAAGAUGUCCCUGACUCCAAUGUUAGCGCCAUGCACGGCAAGCUUGAUGAGAUAGAGUCACCAAAAACGUGGUCCAUGGACGCUCAGAGUGUCGAACACGAAUCCUUGUGGACCUCGCCUUCGCCCUCAUGGUUUCGAUCUGGCCUGUCGGAAAUCUCACCGUCGUUCCGGAGCUCAUUCCGACGAGAUACGCCCUCUCCCGAACCCACCGUCGAGAAAAAGCCUGCCGUCGAUUCUUUCCGCAUCGCAUCUGAGGCAGCAAAGCUCAACUCAGAACUGGAAACCCUCGUCACGAAUCUCAAGGCCCGGCAGGAGGAAUCAGAACACAUACACCAGCUUCUCGUGACACGCGCCGAACGCGCAGCACAACGAAUCAUUUUCCUCCAAGGACGAGUGCGAGAUCUGGAGGAUGAACUCCAGGAAAAUGACUCCGAACUCACCUACCUCCGUCUUGGCCUCAAGGCCAUAGAAGUGCAGUGCCCAAAUAACGCUGAUCCCGACCUCGCACAGAGCAUCCAGAACUGGAAGGCCGAUUGGUCCGACCUCAAACGGAAACGCUCCAAGCACAAGAGCUUCGACCGCUCCGCUUACAACACCCCCGUGGGCACGCCGUUGCGACGGUGA